AUGAGCGACAUCAGUGGUGCGAGUAUCGUUGGAUCUAAAGAGAUCAAGCAAGAGGAAAUGGAAGAGAGAUCGAAAGCAGAAAGAAGAUUAACCUUAAAGAGAGCAAUUGAUGAAGUAGCCGGACAAAUUAAUUGUGACGAGCAGCUUAAACGUUGUAAAAUUAAAGUUGAAGAUGGUAAUGAAGAAGAUUUAUCCGAAAUAUGUGCUAAUGGUGUGCUUCUCGCUAUGGAACCGUCUACAAGUCAUUCUGUAACAGUGAAUUGCGAGGAUGGUAACAUUUUAACAGAUUUCGGUGAAAGAAUUUCAACGUCCACCAAGUCUACUAAUUUACGGCAUGUGCUUGUUUUUAAAGGUCCUGAAAUGGAAUGUUUCAUAGAUUUAGUUCGACGUAAUGAAAUACUGUGGGAUGGUAGUUUUGAAGAAUAUCACACACGAACGAACAAAAAAAAGCAAGCCUGGGAGGGCAUUGCAUCAGAGAUGUCAAAUGGUUUAAAACAAGUUGAUGAAGAAACAUGCCGAAAAAUAUGGCUUCAGUUGCGGCGUUCCUAUGCCAAUGAAAAACGACAGCAAAAACAGAAUCCUGGUGCAAGGACAACACGAAAUUGUAAAUAUCGACGAUAUUUCGAUGCAAUGAAAUUUCUGGAUGGCGUUAUGGAAGAGGAAUUUGCUCGUGACAGUUUUUUUAUAUCAGAACCUGAAGGUGGAAAGUCAUGUAGUAACAGCCCUGCUCCGGAGAUCGGAGUUUCCAGGAAAGACAUUAUUGACAAUAUUCGGAAAUCUGGAGAUGUCCGUAAGGAAAUUUCAGUGGAAAAUGACAUGAAUACUUCAAAAGUGAUUGAUACUAUUGCUUUACUUGCGCACCAAUUGCAAGAUCAAGGAAGUGAACCACCAGUUGAGGUGGCACAACCAAUGCAGCUGUUGCAACUAGCGCAACCAUUAAAACCACCAAACACAAAAGAUUCCUCCGCCGUAAGCGGAGCUGCACCUACGGAACAACAGUUUUAUCAGCAGCUGCAAACCUGCUUUUUUAUGCUAACACCCGAAAAGCAGACGAUUUUACAGCGCGAUAUCAUGAAAUUUGCAUUCAGGCGGACAAAUCAAUUGAUGGAUGAUGCUGGUUUCUAG